CAAUAGAGUUUGUAGUAUAUAUAGGUCAGUACAGCUUACGUUUACUAUUCGAAUUUUUAAAGCAAAGCCUUAGUUUACUCUACAGUGUUAGGCUUUACGUUUCUGACAUGGCUAAAUGUAUCUUCACUUGGUGGCUGAUAGGUGCAACUAUUGUUUAUAGUUACGCCCAUGAGGCUGAUUCAUUAUUUAGGCUACAUAGAGAAACAGAUCCAUAUGACGCUUUGUUUGAUUUCCCACAAAAUAUUGCUAGAACUGCAACUGGGAUUUCAGUCUUUACAAAUUUUCAAGGAUCAGGCUGCAGCUCAAGAGGCGUGUUAAAACUUACUGUCUCGAAAGAUGAUUUGACCAAAAAGCGAUUGCUGAUAGAUUUAUUUUUCGACAAUCCACAAGGUUGGGUCUUUGAUCUCGGAGAUUCAGAGACGAAUAAUGGCUACGCUGGAGACGCCAUGUCCCAAGGAAGAGACGCAGAGUUGCAACUGUACGGGUCAUUAACUGGCUAUCUCAGUGACUUUGGUCCAAGUGGUCAAGCAUUUAACACACCAAAUCCAGCCAAGACACGACUGACUCUCCUGGUUGGAGACGAGCACGUGGUGUGGAUAGCAGACGGCGACGCCACAAAGGUCAAUUACUACAGCAACCCUGGCUGGUUUGCUCUGAGGGGUCAAGCAGAAAGUGAAGGGCCUAUCAAUUACGACCUUUACCUUGCUACUAAUGGCGUGGUCACCAUGUCGCCAGGUCGAACUGGAACUGGCCUUUGCAAAGUUGGCAUUAAAUAUGUACCUGCUAUUUAAUGUCUGGGAAAAAAAAAACGUUUUUAACAUAUAAAAUAUUGAUGAAAUCAG